AUGACAUCGGAAAGUCCCUCCAUCCAAGAUUAUCUCCCGAAAUGGGAGGAAAUAUGCACGGAAUUUUUCGAUAAUAACGAUGAAAAUUUGGAGGCGGUAAUUAGGCUCGUAGAGUUUGCCACCCGUUCCGACGGGAAGGUGACGUUAAACUUCACCAUGAUAGACAAAAGAUUGAGGAUAGAAGAGAUCGAGACGUUACUAAUAAAGAUUGGUUUUGUUAACGGUGUCAUGCUUCAUCCUCAAGAAUUUGACAAAUAUCUCGAGACCAAACGAAAGGUUCGCACAGAAUGGCAUCGAAGGAAGGCCAUUGAGCUUUUCAAGGAAUUAGACGAGCUUCUACUCUCCAAACCAUUCAUCUACACCCCAGCCCAUCGCCUCUCAGAAUUUAAAACUUACGUCACCCAAUACCAUAACUCAAUCGGCGCACAACCUUUCAUCCGAGGACUCCAGCAAGUGUUUCAACUACAAUCAGGACAAUUCACGAUUGCAUCCUGGACAUUUUUGGAUGACAUUCUUACUCAGAACGGACCGGAUUUCAUGAGGUCCACGGUCAAUCUGCUGGUCAACGUGUUGGCCUUCACCCACACAAUUCAAGAGGUCGAUGAGGGCGGGGACCGUGGAAGUCUUAGAACCUGGUAUGUGAACGUUGAAUUGAGUGACGGUGAGAUUAAUUCACUCCUGAAAGUAUUCCCCAAGAAUAAGAAGGCACUCGGAAGCGUUAGAGCUACGGGUUCUGCCGAAUUAUCAUCUCAACAGAGAUCCCCAAAUCUGAUUGGAACAUUCGAUGGGAAUAUUUUGGGCAAAUUGUGUUGGCUACCCAUUAGGAUCAUGUUUUUCUGGUGGUUCGUGCCAAAGUCUUUGAUCUCUUUCUGCCUUCACACCAUUUUGUCCAAAAGGAAAAAGGCUGGACCUAACAUUUAA